AUGUCUAUGCCAACAGAUCUCGACACCUUCGAAAUCAAGCUUCUCGAGCACGGCGUCUGCGUGAUUGCAUUCAACCGGCCCAAGAGGUACAACGCCCUCAACCCCCAGGUCUACGACCAGUGGGGCCGCGCCCUCGAGUGGGCUGCCACAUCCGACGACGUUCGUGUUGUUGUUCUCACAGGCAAUGGCAAAUAUUAUACUUCGGGACAAGAGUUGACUAUCCCUGACUCGAGCGAGCUUGAGGAGGGUGUUGAAGCAGCCAUCAAGAAGCGAUCCGGAUACACCGUGAAGGUUGUCCGUGAGUUGAUCAACUUCCCCAAGCUCAUCAUUGCUGCCAUUCAAGGCCCUGUCAUUGGCUUCGGAGUCACUUCCUCCGCUAUCUGCGAUGUCAUCUACACCGUCCCCGAUGCGACCUUCAACACUCCCUUCAUGCAGCUCGGUUUCUGCGCUGAGGCUUGCUCCUCAAUCCUCUUCCCUCGCAUCAUGGGAUACUCUCGUGCCAACGAGAUGUUGCUGAUGGGCCGCAAGUUUACGGCAGAGGAGAUGAAAGAGGCUGGCAUGGUUGCAAGAAUCUUCCCUAAGGAGACGUUCAUGGAGGAGGUCCUCAAGGCUGCCACCAUUGCUGCCAAAUACCCACCCCAGGCCAUGAAGGAUACCAAGCGUUUGAUCCGUGAGCACGAUUUGAAGUUCUUGGAGGAUGUCAACACCAAGGAGAUGAUCCUCUUGGGUGAGAGAAUGGCCUCUGAAGAGUCUGCAAACGCCAUCGUCGAGUUCAUGAUGGCCAAGCACGAUCGCAAGGCCAAGCUGUAA